GCUGUGGCGCCCACGACACCGAAAUGGUCCGGUGCGGUGCCGUGCCUGUCGGUGCUUAGAGCUAAGAAGGGGGACGAGAGCUCGAGAAGAGAGAGAGAGAGAGAGAAUAUGGAGGCGAUAGUUCAGAUGCCCUACGAAGCAGCGGUGUGGGCGGGGCUGGUUGCGCUGGAGAGAAACCUCCUCCCGGAUGCAUUGGUCAGGAGGCUGACGCGGCUACUCCUCGCAGGCCGCCUCCGCCUCGGCUACCAACCCUCCGCCGAGCUCCAGCUAGCGGAACUCCUCCGGUUCAAGCAGGCUCUUGAAGAUAUGCCUAUAGCUGUGGAAACUGAUAAAGCCAAAUCCCAACACUAUGAGUUACCCACCUCAUUUUUCAAGUUGGUGCUUGGACAGAAUUUAAAGUACAGCUGUUGUUACUUCAAGGACAAAACAAGCAAAUUGGAAGAUGCCGAAAAUGCAAUGUUAGAAUUGUAUUGUGAAAGAGCUCAAUUGAAAGAUGGCCAAAAAAUUCUUGACAUAGGAUGUGGCUGGGGUUCCUUUUCAAUAUAUGUUGCAAAGAGAUACAAAAACUGCAAGGUCACUGGAAUAUGCAACUCAUCUACUCAGAAAGCUUACAUAGAAGAGCAGUGUAGGCACCUUGAGCUUCCCAAUGUAGAAAUAAUUGUUGCUGACAUCAGCAAUUUUGAAAUGGAAGCUUCGUUCGACCGAAUUGUCUCAAUAGAAAUGUUUGAGCAUAUGAAGAACUAUAAGGAACUUCUUAAGAAGAUAUCAUUGUGGAUGAAGGAAGACAGCUUGUUUUUCAUUCAUCACUUUUGUCAUAAAACAUUUGCUUAUCACUUUGAGGAUAAAAAUGAAGAUGACUGGAUUACAAGAUACUUCUUCACCGGAGGAACCAUGCCUUCAGCAGACCUACUUCUCUAUUUUCAGGAUGAUGUUACUGUGCUAAACCAUUGGCUCGUCAAUGGGUCACAUUAUGCAAGGACAAGCGAACAGUGGCUUAAAAGAAUGGACUGCAAUUUGAAUUCUAUAAGACCAAUUUUUGAAGCUACUUACGGCAAGGACUCAGCUACCAAAUGGACGGCAUAUUGGAGAACCUUCUUCAUCUCAGUCGCGGAGCUUUUUGGAUAUAACAACGGGGACGAAUGGAUGGUCGCACUCUAUCUGUUUAAGAAAAAAUAAUCUCUCUUUUUAGAAUUAUAACUGGUUGAAUAAUCAAUGGAGCAAAAGAUAAGAUGAAACCGUCUUGUGUUCUAUACAUUGAUAAUUAACUUGGCUCAUUUGAUGAUCAAGUAUAUUUUGUAA